AUGACAGCUGUUGUGGACGUGGACGCAAAUAAAGGUCAACCCUUUGUGAAGCCUUAUUUUGAACAGGAGAAGACGCCACCUCAAGACCCAAAGGAAACAGAGCACCGUCGGCUGUCGCGGCGAAUCAAAGCCAAGAUGGCUCAAGAAGAAGCGUGCAAGAUGCUCCCUAAAUGUCUCACAUAUGACCGUAUCGACAAGGAGUCCAAGAGAGGAACUAAAAGACGGAGAGGAGAGCCCGAGGACAAGGGGAGUGUACGCAAGAUAAAAGCUGAAGAAAAAGAAGAUUCGGCUCAAGACGAGGAGAAUAGUCCUCCUGAUUUCUCCCAAGGUUUAUCAGAAUAUGAGCUGGAGCGACUAGAGAAUAUUCGACAGAAUCAGGCAUUUCUGUCCUCUCUGCGACUGCCUCAGAUCACAGCGGCAUUAAAACCAAAACCAAAGCCUGUUCAGAGAGGCCUGAAAAAAGAGAAGACUGUCAGAGAGGUGCUGCCUCCGCGAAAAUCACUACGGUUACAGAAGAAAGAGGCAGAGAUGCCUAACCCUUCAGAGAUGACUGCUGCUUUCACUGAAAAUACUGUUGCUGAGGUGUCCCGUAAACCAGAGGGACCCAUCCCAAUGGUCCCAGUGAACCUUGACACUGGUUCCCUGCCUGAGGAACUUGUUAAACUCUGGAAUGAGGAUUCCAUAAAACUGGAACAGGGCAAGUCAGAGGUGAAAAGGUACCAGUCAGUGCUCCAGGGGAUGUUUGUGGACAGCACAUCUGUGGUGAAAGUAGUGAAGGAGAGAAUUUUCUCUGCAGCGUUUCACCCUUGUUCAACCAGCCUGCUAAUGGCUGCAGGGGAUAAGUGGGGCUCCGUCGGUAUUUGGAACCUUGGAGCUGAGUGGGGUGAUGAUGGCGUGUUGGCUUUUCAGCCACAUUCUCGUCCAGUGACCUGCAUGGCGUUCACUCCAUCUCAUCCUUCAUCCCUGGUUUCCACUAGCUAUGAUGGGUCUGCUCGUUGCACAGACCUAGAGAAGGCGAUGUUUGAUGAGGUGUACCGCUCUGAUGCCUGCCUGAAAAGUUUUGACUUCCUGUCCCAGGACUGCUCUACUUUGUUAAUUGGUGAAUGGGACGGAGAUGUUGUCAUAGUUGAUCGCAGGACUCCAGGGACAUCAUAUGAGUCCAUACACACCAUGGAUCCAAAGACCCUGCGCUGUGUACAUGUCCACCCUGUACAGAAGCAGUACUUUGUGGUAGCAGAGAGCAGUGGAGUGCACAUUUAUGAUGCUCGCUGUCUGAAGAAGACAAGCAGCCAGCCGGUGUCUGGUCUCCACGGUCACUCCCUCAGUAUCUCCGCUGCCUUUUUUUCCCCCAGCACAGGAAACAGAGUGCUGACCACUUGCAUGGACAACACGAUCAGGGUCUUUGACACAUCAGCCAUGGUUUCCAGUGUUCCUCGUCUGAGCUCUACUAAGCAUUUCAUGCAGACGGGGCGUUGGCUGUCCAAACUGAGUGCGGUGUGGGACCCUAAACAAGAGGACUGCUUUGUGAUUGGCAGUAUGGAUCGUCCUCGCAGGAUCAAAGUGUACCACGAAAGCGGCAAGCUGGUGCAUUCUUUCCAGAAUGAGGAGUACCUGACCACUGUGUGUUCCAUCACAGCGUUCCAUCCCAACAGGAACGCUCUGCUCGGGGGAAACGCCAGCGGACGACUGCAUGUGUUCGCUGACCGACACUGA